AGAAGGAGGAGGAAGAAGCAGAAGCGGCCAUGGCGGCCAUGGCGGCCCUGGAGCGCUGGGUGUCCGGGCAGCUGCAGGAGCUGCUGGGCCUCAGCGCCCGCCAUGUUCCCGCCUUCCUGGUGGCGCUGGCGCGGCGCAGCCGGAGCCUGGAGGAGCUGCUGGAGCGGCUGCGCGAGACCGAGGCCCUGCGCGUGGAGGAGCCGCGCGUGCGCGAGUUCGCGCGCCAGCUGUGGGACAAGGUGGGCGGGAAACCGGGUUUGGGGGGGGUCAAGGGGGACUCCAAGGCCUACGAGGAAGCCCAAAAACGCCUGAAAGUGGCUGAGGAGGAGCAGAAGGCCAUGAUCCCCGAGCUGCGGAAGCGCUCCCGCCGCGAGUACCUGGCCAAGCGGGAGCGGGAGAAGCUGGAGGAGCUGGAGCAGGAGAUCCAGGACGAGGAGCUGCUCUUCGGCGAGGAGCGGCUGACGCCGGCCGAGCGCCGCAAGCUGCGCUACAAGCGGCGCCUCCGCGACCUGGCCCGCGACUACAAACAGGCCGGGGCCAGGGAGGAGCUGGAGCGGAGCAGCCGCUACCACAUCCCCGAGGAGAGCAGGGACAAGGGGGCACGACGCGACUACGAGCUGCUGCUGGAGGAGGAGGAGAUGGUGCACUUCGUCAGUGCUGCUCAGUUAGAGGGGACCGACCCCCAAAAGGAUGUCCCCGAGGCCGUGCCCGAGGCCGAGCGCCGCCGGCAGUCGCUCCAGGACGGCCGCCGGGCCCUGCCCAUCUUCCCCUUCCGGGACGAGCUGGUGGCGGCCGUGGCCCAGCACCAGGUGCUGGUGAUCGAGGGAGAGACCGGCUCGGGGAAAACCACCCAGAUCCCCCAGUACCUGCACGAGGAGGGCUACACGCGGGGGGGGCUGAAGAUCGGCGUGACGCAGCCGCGGCGCGUGGCGGCCAUGAGCGUGGCAGCCAGGGUGGCCGUGGAGAUGGGGACAAAGCUGGGCAACGAGGUCGGGUACAGCAUCCGCUUCGAGGACUGCACGUCGGAGCGCACGGUGCUCAAGUACAUGACGGACGGGAUGCUGCUGAGGGAGUUCCUGACAGAGCCCGACCUGGCCUCCUACAGUGUGAUCAUGGUGGACGAGGCCCACGAGCGCACGCUGCACACGGACGUGCUCUUCGGCCUCAUCAAGGACAUCGCUCGCUUCCGGCCGCAGCUCAAGGUGCUGGUGGCCUCGGCCACGCUGGACACCGAGCGCUUCUCGGCCUUCUUCGACAACGCGCCCGUCUUCCGCACCCCGGGGCGGCGCUUCCCCGUGGACAUCUACUACACCAAGGUGACGCUGGGGACAUCGGGGACGCUGCCCCUGCGGCCUAUGUCACCUGGAGGCCUGCGUCGGUGUCCGUGCUGCUGUCCCCAUGUCCCCUGCGUCACCCAACCCCCCGGCGACAUCCUGGUCUUCCUCACCGGGCAGGAGGAGAUCGAGGCCUGCGUGGAGCUGCUGCAGGAGCGCUGUCGCCGCCUGGGCUCGCGCCUGCCCGAGCUGCUGGUGCUGCCCAUCUACGCCAACCUGCCCUCGGAGCUGCAGGCCCGCAUCUUCCAGCCCACGCCCCCCGGGGCCAGGAAGGUGGUGGUGGCCACCAACAUCGCCGAGACCUCGGUGACCAUCGACGGCAUCGUCUACGUGCUGGACCCGGGGUUCUGCAAGCAGAAAAGCUACAGCGCCCGCACGGGCAUGGAGUCCCUGGUGGUGACACCGUGCUCCAAGGCCUCAGCCAAUCAGCGCGCGGGCCGCGCCGGCCGUGUGGCGCCCGGGAAGUGUUUCCGGCUCUACACGGCCUGGGCGUUCCAGCACGAGCUGGAGGAGACGGCGGUGCCCGAGAUCCAGAGAGCCGACCUGGGGGCGCUGGUGCUGCUGCUCAAGAGCCUCGGUAUCAACGACCUGAUCCACUUUGACUUCCUGGACCCUCCCCCCCACGAGACGCUGGUGCUGGCGCUGGAGCAGCUCUACGCGCUGGGGGCGCUGAACCACCUGGGCGAGCUCACCACGCUGGGCCGGCGCAUGGCGGAGCUGCCGGUGGAGCCCAUGUUGGCCAAGAUGAUCCUGGCGAGCGAGCAGUACGGCUGCACGGAGGAGGUGCUCACGGUGGCGGCCAUGCUCUCGGUGAACAACGCCGUGUUCUACCGGCCCAAGGACAAGGUGCUCCACGCCGACAGCGCCCGCGUGGCCUUCAGCGUGCCCGGGGGCGACCACCUGGUGCUGCUCAACGUCUACAACCAGUGGGCGGCCAGCGGGCACUCCCUGCAGUGGUGCUACGAGCACUUUGUGCAGGCGCGCUCCCUGCGCCGGGCGCGCGACGUGCGCGAGCAGCUGCAGGGGCUGAUGGAGCGCGUGGAGAUCGCCCCGUCCUCCUGCGGGGGCAACCUGGACCUCGUCCGCAAGGCCAUCACCGCCGGGUUCUUUUACCACACGGCGCGGCUGGCGCGGGGCGGGUACCGCACGGUGAAGCACCAGCAGCCCGUGUUCAUCCACCCCAACAGCGCCCUGUUCGCCCUGCAGCCCCGCUGGGUGCUCUACCACGAGCUGGUGUGCACCUCCAAGGAGUUCAUGAGACAGGUGAUCGAGAUCGACAGCUCCUGGCUGCUGGAGGUCGCCCCUCACUAUUACCAGGCCAAGGAGCUCGAGGACGGCAGCGGCCGCAAAAUGCCCAAAAAAGCCGGAAAAUCGCGGGAGGAGCUGGGCUGACCCCCCCGGGGACUUUGGGGACAUUUGGGGACAUUUGGGGACAGCCCAAUAGAGCCCCC